AUGGACUUUGAGCGGUUCCAGAACCUUCGGUCCACAGAGGAGCUUGACUCUCGGCUUGCCGGCCAGCACACGCCGCUGGGCGGUUCCUCCCAGCACCAGGGGCAGCUCUCCCGCGUGGUCACUGUGGUUUGGGGGAAACUAUCGGACAUCGUUGGCAGAAGACCCAUCCUGCUGAGUUCGGCCAUGGCGAUAUUGGUAGGCACGGUCCUAGUGGGCUUCAGUUUCUCCUUCCUGUGGACCGUGGGCGUGAUGUUUUUUGAAGGACUUCUGAACGGCACCCUGGGCGUAUCCAAGACGUAUCUUUACGAGAUCUGUCCUCCCAAGUUCCAUUCAGUUGCCUUUUCUGCUGUCUGGAUUCCUUGCGCUGUGGCCCACUUUGUGGGCCCUUCACUGGGUGGAUUUUUGGCCUGUCCAGCUACAAGAUUCCAGACGUUCGACAAACCUUUCUUCAAGCAGUUCCCGUACCUGCUGCCCUGCGCCGUAGCGGCAUGUGCACAGUUCUGCAUUCUGAUAGGAGGCUGCUUUUUGCUGGAUGAAUCUCUGGAGAAAAGCCCCAAAGAUGAGUACAUCGACCUCACCGAAAUGUCUUCACAAGACGUACCAGAAGACAAAGAAAAACGACAUGAAAACUCCACCAUUAGCCUGCUGCGGGACAGACUGGUGCUGACCCCCUGUGCGCUGUACGCUCUCUUCGCGCUGGCGGCCAUCUUCUACUGGCAGUUGUUACCCCUCCUCCUGGUGUCUGACUCCCAACAUGGCGGCUACAACUUUGAUGCUGCGGAAGUUUCCAUCGUCCUGACUACUCUCGCCAUCUACAGUGCCAUUAACCAUGUAGCAACACUAAACCCUUACAUCGCGUCCAAGUUUACCUACAAGACGGUGUUUCUGUCUGGAGUUGUGUUGUACGCAGUGGGGAUCAUUUUGCUUCCGUCCAUGGUCAACAUCACAGGUGCAGUAAGGAGUCAACAACUUCUCCAAACAGCGAACUCUAGCGAUUUGACACUGAACUUCACGGCUGCUCCUACCUCGCCACCCGUAACAGAAAGUUACAUACAGCCAACGACAGAAAUGAACGCGACAGUUACCGGCCAGUGUCGGCUAGCCGGGGACAGGAGGAAGACCUCCCAGCAUCAGGCCUCAGAACUACCCGCCAGCGUCUGGGGUCCACUACUGUCUGUAGCGUUGCUGAUUGAACAGGGAAUGUAA